AUGGUUCCUAAAGACUUCCUGACCCAACAUCAGUCCAAAAGCGUCUACUCAGAUGACGAUGACGAUGAUGAUGAUGAGUGGGAGGACACAGACUCUGAAGGCGACUUUGACUCUGAAGGCGGGUUUUCGGGUGACGAGAACACGGAGGGCCGCGGCCCGGAGUUUCUCUUUAUGGACGAAGAGACGAAGAGUCGAUUCACGGAGUACUCGAUGACAUCGUCCGUGAUGCGGAGGAACGAGCAGCUCACCCUGCUGGACGACCGCUUCGAAAAGUUUUACGAGCAGUUUGAUGACGACGAGAUCGGCGCUCUGGACAACGCAGAGCUGGAGGGCUUCAUCCAGCCGGACAGCGCUCGCCUGGAAGAAGUGAUCAAAGACUAUUUCAUACAGAAAGAGAAAGAGGCUAUUUGUGGCCACCGGUGUUUUGCCUACCUGUUGCUCUUUGCUAAGCCAGUAGGCUACACUGUUGAUGAUGAGGAGGAAGAAGAGAUGGAAACUGUUGUUAUCAAAGCUCCGGAAGAGAAGUGGGACUGUGAAACCAUCAUCAGCACAUAUUCCAACAUAUAUAACCGACCCAAGAUCAUUCAGGAACCACCAUCGACCAAGCCGAUCCGCGUGUCCAGUAAGACGGGCAUCCCUCUGGACGUCCUUCCUGCCAAAGGCCUGACCGCCAAGCAGGCGGAGCGCAUGACUCGGAUCAACGACUCGGACCUGCCCCGAGUCUCCACCCAGCACCGCGACAAGGAGGAGAGCAAAGAGGAGAGGAAGGCCAGGAAACAGGCCAUCAAGGAAGAACGCAAGGAGCGGCGAGUGGAGAAGAAAGCCAACAAGAUGGCGUUCAAGGAAGAAAAAGUCCGCCAGGAGAAGCAGAUGUUGAACCUGAGAACAAACGUUCAAGGCCUGAAGCUUUAGCAACAAACUGCCAGCACAGACUUUUUACCCGUUGGUGGCGGACACGCCGCUGUUCACCUCACUGGAGCCAAACAAAGGAGGACGGACGGGGUGCUGAGAGGCUCGGGUUCUCUCAUAUCAUCAACACAGAGUUAAUUUAAUAAAAAGGAGUAAAAAACCAGGUCUUGUCAUCAUGUUACAGCAGGCUGAAAUCCAGGAAAUACCAAAGGCUUGGUAUUGAGUAGUGUAUUAAAAACGUAUGAGCCAAAAGUUGGUGUUGUACAUCUUUUCCUAUUAGUGAUCUCAUUUACUCAUCCUCUGAUCAGAUCUUGUCUGGUAUUUUGAGUAAUACGCUUUAUUGCAGAGAGUUAGACGAGAAGAUCAAUACCACUCACAUUCAACUCUUUGCCAGAAAGCAGAUUUUGUUGGAAAACAU